AUGAAAAUCGAAACAACAAAACCAGUUUGGACUGGUUUAAUGACAUAUUUACAUGGAGCAGGCUUCCAAGUGUUUAAGUAUAUAAAUGACAAUAAACUAUUAAAAAUUCUUCAAACUUACAUACCAACAGAACCAAAUGACUUAGACAACUUAGCUAAAGACUUAGUAGUAAGAAACCCAGACCGAGUAACAGUACAUAAGUUACUAUUGUGUGGUCAA